AUGGAUUGGGACUAUUUUCUUGUCCCAGCUAAAGGUUUAUCCGGAGGAAUCAUUGUGUUAUGGAAGAAAAAUAUGGCCUCAUUCAAAGUACUGGAGUCCUCUUCACAAUUUGUGGUUGGGAAGUUGGAGGUGCUUAAUAAAGGGAAGUGGAAGAUUGCAACAUUAUAUGGAAGUAGGGACACUUAUAAAAGAAGGUGUCUUUGGGAAAGGUUGGAGUAUCAUGUGUCUAAGGAAGUCCCUAUGAUAGUGGGUGGUGAUUUUAACUGUUUGCUAUCAAGGGAGGAGAAGAAGGGAGGAAGGGAGUUUGUUUAUUCUCUUGGUACUAAGGAGAUGAAGUCCUUUAUUACUUGCAAUGAUUUACAUGAAGUGGAGAGCAUUGGUCCUAUGUUCACAUGGUGCAACAACAAAAAGGGAGUUGAGAGGAUACUUGAGAAGUUGGAUAUGUGCCUUCUCAACUCUGCGGAUAUGAACUUGUCCCAACGGAUGGUGGUGAGGCAUUUGGCAAGGAUCACAUCAGAUCACAGUCCAAUUUUGCUGAAUUUAUUAGUUCAACAAGACAUGUAA